ACUCUCCCAUCCACCCUGCUCUAUCUCUGAUCACCAGCCCCCGCCCCCGCCACUCACUGCCAGUCAGCCCAGCAGCAGAACCGCUGGCCACGUCUCAGAACACGGCUUGGUACGCAACCGGACGGUCCGUCAGUGGAAGUAGCCGAGCAGCAGCAGCAGCAGCCGGCCGAGGGGAGGAGGACUGCAGGGUGUUGGGACAGAGAGCUCUCCGUAACCCGGCUACGUCGCCAGGCAGCACGACCAAAAACAAAGCCAAAGCUGAGGCAACACGCAGCUCCACAAAGGGAGAAAUAUCCACAUCAGGCCCCGGAGACCGCCUGUGAUCCUCAGCCAUCAUGCCCCGCUGCAGAGUGAACCUCAGCACCAUGAUUUUCCUGGUGAUCCUGCAGGGGGCGGCAGUGGUGCUGUUCUGCGGCUGGUACGUCCAGCUCAGUCCCUGCGCCUCUGCCCCCUCCAACGGCAAAGUUCACAUUCUGCUGCUGUCCUCGUGGCGAUCCGGCUCGUCCUUUGUGGGUCAGGUGUUCAGUCAGCACCCGUCCGUCUUCUAUCUCAUGGAGCCGGCUUGGCACGUGUGGACCAAACUGCAGAAACCCGGCGCACGGGCACUCCGGAUGGCUGUGAGGGAUCUAUUACGGAGUGUAUUUCAGUGCGACUUGUCCGUGAUGGAGGCCUACCUGCCAGAGCAGCACAACGUGUCCUCCUUGUUUAUGUGGAGCCACAGUAGAGCACUGUGCUCGCCGCCGGCCUGUCCGCUCACGCCACGCAACCAGUUCAGCAACCAGACCCGGUGCGUCCAGACAUGUGAUGCUCGCGGCCUGCAGGCCGUGGAGGACGCCUGUGGCACGUACAGUCACGUGGUGCUAAAAGAAGUGAGAUUUUUUGAGCUGGAAUCUCUCUACCCGCUCCUGCAGGACCCGAGCCUAGAUCUCCGCAUCAUCCACCUGGUCCGGGACCCUCGGGCUGUGGUGCGAUCCAGGGAGGAGUCAGCCAAAGCCUUCGUGAGCGACAACGCCGUUGUCUUGGAGCAGAGGAGCAUUCCGGCUGCCGAGGUGCAGUAUCAAGUCAUGCAGGAGAUCUGCCGUAGUCACGUGCGCAUUAAUGAGAGGGCCAUCCUGAAGCCCCCGCCGUUUCUCAAAGGCCGCUACAAGAUAGUCCGCUAUGAGGACGUGGCGCGCAACCCACUCCAGGAGAUCACUGCCAUGUAUGACUUUGUGGGCCUGGAGAUGACCAGACAGUUGGAGGAAUGGAUCUACAGGGUGACGCACGGAAAAGGCAAAGGCUCCAAGAAAGAGGCCUUCAAAAUCACUUCACGCAACGCUGCCGACGUCUCCCAGGCUUGGCGUUCCACGAUGCCACACAACAAGGUCAGACGUAUCCAGGAAGUGUGUAAAGGAGCCAUGUCAUUGCUCGGGUACAGGACGGUUAACAGUGAAAAAGAACAGAAGAGACUUGACAUAGAUCUACUUGUGCCACGGGAACCGUAUCAGUUCAGCUGGUUGCCAGCUAAAACAGAGCAUCCCAGUAAUGGUUAAAAUGACGUUUUAGUAUCUGAAUGACAAAGACACCGAGAGACUACAUUGAACUGAAGUCUAUCUUUUUUAUAGGCUGUAACGAGUGCUACCGCAGACUGAUUCAUCAACUGAGGGACCACUGGCAUGUUGACUGAAGUUAAAGCAUUGAUUUGUGACGAAGACACACCUCACACUAUCAGUGGAGUGAGAGGAUUCAAAUUAGGGCUGCACAAUAUAUCGUUUUUUUUUUUAUCAACUGGCAAUUAACACAUCGCGAAAGGCUGCGACAUAUCGUAAAAUGAAACAGAGAUUUUCUUGUUUUAGUCGCACGAAAAUAUCAGUCGAAAACUGCACUUUAAAAUGCAACUGUCAUUCUUUACUUUACUUUAUAUUCAAUAUAACAUUCAAUUUGUUCAAUGAAACAAUGUCCCUUCAUUUGUUUUAAAUUCAACAAGCAGUUUAUUUAAGUAGAAUAUUGAAAGCAGCCGAACUGAAUACACUUUUAAUCUAAAGUUUAUUUAUCGCAAGUAAUAUCGUUAUCGCGAUAUUCAAAAACGUUAUUGCAUAUUGUCCUCAUAUCGUGCAGCCCUAAUUAAAAUGUGACAAGACAGCACAGCAGUUAUUGUAUGAUAAUACAAUACAUGUACAGAGACAGAGGGGCUGAUGCAAGGGCUAGAAAAUACUAUAUCCCAUACAUUUGGAACUAAACUGGAAACUACAUUAUGUGAUUUACUAAGAUUUACUGACAUUUUCCCUCAGUCCCUGAAUUCGGAAGCCUGGCUCGUGUGUAAAAAUGACGCAACUAACGAGGAGUGAGCCUCUUUAUAUGGUGAGCUACCUGGGUGCUCACAAUUUUUUUUCUUUGUCCAUUAAUCAUUAGUUGUUUGGUCUAUAAAAUGAUUAAACAUGUGGAUCAGUG